UUAAUGCACGUUGAUUGGUUUAAAAUGGCAACUACCACUUAGUUCAAGGACAAAAAAUUUCCGAAGAAGGCGAACAAAUUAAUUUGGAUCUGAUUUUUUUGUUAUUUCUUUCUUUAACAGAGCAAUUUACAGAUUUUACAGAUUGAAGAUAUAAUAUAAGUUUGAUCAGUGAGUUACAAUGUGGAGGCAGAAAUCUCAUCUGCUGUGGCGUCAUGUCAACAGUCCAGCUGGAAUCUAUGGCAAUCAGUGUGUCAGAUGUAUGUCUUAUUCCGACCGGCCAACAUUAGCUAUACGGAGAGAGACUGUUAAUGUGUGGGAGAGAAGAGCACCUUUGGCACCAAGACAUGUGGAGAAGUUAGUGAAGAAAGGAGUGAGGGUUAUAGUUCAACCAUCAAACAGACGGGCAUAUAAUAUGCAGGAAUAUAUUGAGAAAGGUGCUGUUAUCCAGGAGGAUCUCAGUGAAGCAUCUGUUGUAAUUGGUGUUAAACAAGUGCCCAUAGAUCUUCUAAUGCCAGAUAAAACAUUCUGCUUCUUUUCUCACACAAUCAAAGCACAGAAAGACAACAUGCCUCUACUUGAUGCUAUACUUGAAAAGAAUGUAAGACUGAUAGAUUACGAGAAGAUGGUGGAUGACGGGGGUCAGCGUGUUGUAGCUUUCGGUAAAUAUGCCGGUGUGGUCGGCAUGAUAAAUAUUCUACAUGGUAUGGGUCUACGUCUGCUAGCUCUUGGACAUCAUACACCAUUCAUGCAUAUUGGACCCAGUCACAACUAUCGUAACAGUGAGGCUGCUCGACAAGCUGUGAGGGACGCGGGGUACGAGAUAGCUCUUGGUAGAAUGCCUAGAUCUAUUGGACCUUUAACAUUUAUAUUUACAGGGUCUGGAAAUGUCUCAAACGGAGCCCAGGAAGUAUUUCAGGAGUUACCACAUGAGUAUAUAGAACCUGAUCACCUACCAACUGUUGCUAAGAAAGGAUCAAUGAGGAAAGUGUAUGGUUGUGUGGUCAGUCGUGAUGACCACUAUGUCAGGUUAGAAGGUGGUAAAUUUGAUGCUGCAGAGUUUGAGGAGCAUCCAGAAAGAUAUGCAUCAACUUUCAGUCACAAGGUUGCACCUUACUCCUCGUGUAUUAUAAAUGGUAUAUACUGGGCCCCAAAUUCACCUCGACUACUGACCAUUCCUGAUGCCAAAACACUUCUGAGAGCUGCUGAGUUUCCAUGGAUUCCAUCGAGUGAGGGUUGUCCGCAAUUACCACAUCGUUUGAUUGCAUUAUGUGAUAUCUCGGCGGACCCAGGGGGCUCGAUAGAGUUCAUGAAAGAAUGUACUACUAUUGAUAAACCCUUCUGUCUGUAUGAUGCUGAAUUGAACGUGGAAAGAGAAAGCUUUAAAGGAGAUGGUGUGUUGAUUUGUUCUAUAGACAAUAUGCCGGCGCAGAUGCCUAGAGAGGCUACAGAAUAUUUCGGGAGUCUGUUGCUGCCAUACAUCCCAGAGAUUCUAAAGUCAGAUGCUAAAGGAUCCUUUGAAGACUAUUCUGCCAAUCCUACUGUCAAAAAUGCUGUCAUUGCAUCAAAUGGAAAGUUGACACCCAGUUUUGAGUAUAUUGAUGAUUUGAGGAAAAGGAGCAUGUCAUCUAAGUUAAUGGAAGUUGUACCAGGACAGAAGAAGGUCCUUGUACUUGGAGCAGGAUAUGUUGCUGGACCUGCUGUAGAGUACCUGAGUAGGGACAGUAAUAUCCAAGUGACUGUUGUUUCUCAGUUGAAAGAAGAGCUAGAAAGAAUAGAAUCUAAAUGUUCAAAUGUUGAAUGUCAGAUGUUUGAUGUGACACGGCAUCCGGAGGAAGUUGAUAAACUUGUACCAGAAUAUGAUGUCGUAGUGAGUUUAUUACCUUACACAAUGCACCCAGAAGUUGCCAAGUCAUGUAUAAAACAUCGUAAAAAUAUGGUCACCGCAAGUUAUGUUACACCUGCCAUGAAGGAGUUACACAAAGCAGCUGUAGAUGCCAAUGUGACAAUAGUGAAUGAGGUGGGUGUUGAUCCUGGUAUUGAUCAUAUGCUGGCAAUGGAAUGUUUUGAUGAAGUGAAGCAUGCUGGGGGAAGGAUCACAUCUUACGUGUCAUAUUGCGGUGGUUUGCCGUCACCCGAAGAUUCAUCUACUCCACUGAGAUACAAGUUUAGUUGGUUUCCAAGAGGAGUUUUGAUGAACUGUUUGAGUGGGGCUAAGUUCCUGAAGAAUGGCAAGGUUGUAGAGAUUGAAGGAAACGGUAAACUAUUAGAAGCUGUUCAAGAUUUGACCUUCAUGCCAGGCUUUAACCUUGAAGGAUUCCCAAAUAGAGACUCAACAAAAUACACAACUGAGUAUGGUAUAGAUAAUGCUCAUACAUGUAUAAGGGGGACAAUCAGAUACAAGGGAUUUUCCAAUGUUGCAAAAGGAUUGUUGAAGCUUGGACUUCUAAGUGAUGAACAAAUGGCCAUUUUACAUCCUAAUGGUCCAGAAAAAACUUGGAGGGAAUAUUUCUGUCAGAAAUAUGGCAAACCAACAGAUAUGUUGGUAGAUUCUUUAAAAGAUCUGGUGUAUGAAGAGAUAGGAAGUGAUGAUGAAAGAAUGGAAGCUAUUAUCAGAAUGGGACUUCUUGGAGAUGAUCUGAUAGAUAAAAGAGGUACACCAAUAGACACCCUGUCUAACUAUCUCUCCAAAAGACUUUCAUUUGGUCCUGGUGAGAGAGAUAUGAUCUUGAUGAACCAUGAUAUUGGUGUACAGUGGUUGGAUGGAUCAACAGAGAAGAGAAAGAUCAGCUUGGUGGUAUAUGGUGAAGUUAAUGGAUACUCUGCUAUGGCCAAAACUGUAGGACUUCCAACAGGCAUUGCAACAAAAAUGGUUCUUGAAGGAGAGAUACAGAAAAAAGGCAUGGUUAUUCCACUAAGUAUUGAUACAUACAAUCCUAUUUUAAGCCGCCUGAAAUCUGAGGGUAUCAGAGCAAGGGAAGUCAUUGAAUAGAACAAUGGAGGGAGUGGCUUAAUGUGCCAUGUGACCAUUUAGGCAUGUUCUAAAAAUAACUUUUUAUACUUGUUGUACGUAAUGGCCAGAAGUCUUACAGAAUAACUUGAUAAAUGAUUUUACUGUAGAUGUUGUACGUUGGGAAUUCUGUGAUUGUGUUUGACUAGUCUAGAUAAUUAUAUGCAUAUGUUAUGUGUGUGGGUUUUUUUUCUUAUAUUUUCACAAGCAUAUUUACCCAGGUUUUGUAUUAAGUGCUUUCAGAUUCUAAAAAAAUACUGCAAAGAUUGUAUGAUAAACCUAGAGCUGUUCAAGUACUUGAUAGUUGAAUAAGAACCAGUCUUAAAAACUUCUACUUGAUAAGGUAGUAAAGAGAGGUCCUUAAAAACUAUUAUUUGAAAGUGGGAAAUGGGCAGAUAAGUUAAAUAAGUCAGGAGAAGUAAAACAUUUAGUAUGUUUGAAAAAGGACAUAGAUAAGUUUAAUAAUUAUACAGUGAUGGAUAUUUAUCGUAUACUAAACAGUGAGAUGGUACAGAAAUUAAGCCAAAAUUCUGUCGAAAAAGGGGAACAAUUUUGUCAGAAUGUAUGACAGAAUAAUGUCUCUUGUCUGGAUUCGGAGGUGAUUCUUACCAACAAAUAUCAAAAGUUUUGUUUUGAGCUAUUACUUUAAAAUGAAAAGAAAAAAGAGGGGAGAUCAAAGUAAACGUAUUGCAGUUUUAACCCUUUCCCCCAUGAGCAUAUUGUGAAAAACGGCCGUUUUCACUGAAAAGCCUCCUGUUACAAAUUCAAACUGCUAUGAAACUAUGAAAAAUGCUUCAAUACUAAUCAAACUUGGCACAAAUGUUGACUGGACCAUUGCCUUUGUAACGACAUGCUCAGUCUUAAAUUUCCUGUUACCAUGGCAACGAGGGGACAUCUCAAAAUUGCCAAAAAUCACUAUUUUGCCUCGAUUUUUUCCAUCAAAAUUUAUUUCAAAGUGCUGCAACUUCUCAAGGGAUUGAGAUAGAGUCAAAGGCUUUUCAGCUUUGGUUAAACGUUCCAUUAUGGUCGACCUGGGGUCAUUUUUAGCCUCUCACAAGUCCAAAAUUUUCUUGGCGAUGAGGGGGACUCCGCCACCCUUCAAACCCCCCCCCAACAGAAGGGGGCACAUCCCCCUUCUGGCAACCCCCUGAUGUAUCUUUUGGAUGGGGGGGCGGUGCCGAAAAAGUGCUCAAUUUUUUAAGCAACAUUUCUCAAACGAAAACUUAUGUUUAGGGCCCAAAUAGGACAUUUUUUCACUAUUUGAGGCCCCAAAAAGGGGGGGGGUCGAAAGUGCGUUGUUUCGCGUAUAUAUGUGGUAAAGGGUUAAGUGAAAAAUUGGGAUAAUUUUAUUAAAAAUUAUUGACAGAGUUAUGUCCUCUUGCCUAGAUGCAGAGAUGAUGGCCAUAAACAACCAUUCUAACUUUCAAAACAAGACCUCUUAGAAUAAAAAAAACAAUUAGUUGGUUAAAAAAAAACUUUGUGUUAAGCAGACCCAACGAUAGUUCUUUAUUAUUAUAAUAGUCAAGGUAAAAGAAUUUGAUUUAAAAUGAUUCUGCUAAUUGCAUCAUUUGAAAUAAAAGGGUUAUUGAAACAGAUUUUUUUUGCGAGAAAUGUAUGCUACUAAUGCAGCCAAAUAAUCUUAUAAGGACUGGUAGGGAGGAAAGUGAUGCUAGUUGAACAAAUUUAAGUUAGUACUUGUAUUUACAGUAUAUGAUGUUGGUAAUGUUUUCAAUGUUACUCUUGUGAAAGGUGUGUAUUUUCAAUGAAAAAAUGACAAUUAUGCCCUAUUGUGUCACACACAGGUUUUGUAUAGAACAGGGUAUUUUAUGUUUUCCUGAAGAUAUUUUCAAGUUCUAAGUUUGCUUAAAUUACAAUCUUCAUUUUAUAUUCUGAUGAAAUUUUGUACAAAAUUGAUAAAUCAUGAAUAAAUGAAAUACAAUCAUAAGAAAAUUGAGAAAAAAGUGUUUUAUUACUGUAAAGUUUAGAUUUGUCUCAUUGUGUUUUUAUGCAUUCAAUCUUUAAUAUCUGUUUAAAUAUUUUGGUUCUUUUUUGCAUAAUCCUUGGUUAACUUGUUAAGGGACUGGAGUGAAACUAUAGGUUAUGUGAUCUGUUUAAUGUCUUAGGAAGCUUGUUUAGAAACAAAUUGAAUUUGUGACCAUACUUACAAAUAAUGAAAUAUCUUUAUAUAUAAAAUCUUUGCAGCUUGGAUCUCACAUACCCUUUUUUUCCUACAAAAAGAGCACAAAUGAUUUAUGUUUAUGAUCUCUUAUACAUGUAUGACUGAACGAGUUUGUAUUUUGAUGUUAUUCUCAUAUAAAGUUUAUACAUUUAUUACCUGUAACUGUGAUAGAAUAUGAUAAUUUCAUAUGUCUUCUUCCCCAAUAUAGCAAUGAUAGAAUGGGUAUAUUUUAGGUCAAAUAAUUAUUGAAUGUUGAAUUAGAAGCUUGGAUGUGAGUCUUGAUGGAUAAAUGAAGUUGUUAUUGUUAAAAGAAAGAUAU